AUGAGCGACUCUCCUCAACCCUCCAAUCUCAAGCUCCUGCUCAUUGGUAAUUCCAGCGUCGGCAAGUCAUCCCUGCUCCUACGGUUCACGGACGACGACUUUUUAUCCGAGGAGGAGACGGCAGCGACCAUCGGUGUCGACUUCAAGGUGAAGAGCAUCGAGCUUAAUGGGCGACGGUACAAGCUCUCCAUCUGGGACACAGCUGGACAGGAGCGCUUCAGGACCCUCACCUCGAGCUACUACCGCGGCGCACAAGGCGUCAUACUUGUGUAUGAUGUUUCCUCACGGCCCACGUUCGACGAGUUGAUCAAGUGGUUCCGCGAGAUCGAGACGUACUGCGCCGAGGACGUUGUCAAGAUACUCGUCGGCAACAAGGUCGACAAGGAGUAUCAGCGCCAAGUGACGCAUGAGGAAGGCGAGAAGUUUGCGGAGCGUAUGGGCACACUCUUCGUUGAGUGCUCAGCCAAGACCAACGUCGGCGUAACAGAAGCGUUCCAGGAGCUGGUCAGACGCAUUCUCGACACACCGUCGCUCUGGCAGCGCGGGCCGCAGCCCGUCCGUGCCCCUGGUACCGUCACACUGUCGGAUGAUAACAGCGGGCUACUGGGCGGCUGUGCGUGCUGA